AUGUCUUUAAACACCUCCCAUGCACCUGGUGGAGUACUUGUUUUCACUGGUGAGCUAAUCUUGCUUUACUCUGAUGAUGUGGAAGUGACGUUCGAAGGCCCAGCUGCAAAGAAGUUCCAGGGAGCCAAGAAAGGACGCAUCUACCUCACCACGCACAGGGUGGUCUUCAUCAACAAAAACAGCAAGGACUACCUGCAGUCGUUCAGCAUGCCAUUCGUCAGCAUGAGCAACCUGGGUCUGGAGCAGCCCAUCUUUGGAGCCAACUACAUCAGAGGCAACGUCACCGCCGAGGAAAACGGGAACUGGACCGGCAAGUGUUCUUUCAAGUUGAAGUUCAUGAAAGGGGGAGCCAUCGAAUUCGGUCAAGCGAUGAUGAACGCGAGCAAGUUUACUCAGCGUGCACCAAACGUCAUGGUAGUGGCUCAUCAGAUGCCUGCUGGGCCGUACCAGCCGCUCCAACCUACGGCCUACCUGCCAGGACAAACUACGAACGUUGGCUUCUUCCUCCCCGUCAACGUGUUUCCACAAGUGCCUCCAGCGAAUUCGGUGUACACGUCCAACGUGCCUCCACCGUACCCCGGAGUGUGCCCGGCGAACGAGUACCCUCGCAUGAGUCCCUCAAGUACUUCUGCGUCGGGUGCCACGAGCACAGCUGGUGGCACAGCACAGCCACCACCACCAGGCUUCAAGGAGCCGGCAGCUCAAGAAAGUGGCCACAAAGAAGCCAUAGAAGCGCCGUCCGCGCCCGCCCCGAAACCCGGAUUCAAGGACCCUCCGAGAAAAGAGUCGCAGAGAUGA